AUGAAUGCUCUCGAGACCGCUGUCCGUCUUUACGAAUCGUGCAAAGUGGGGAACGGAGGGAAGGGGGUGAGCGCGGAGCACCAACAUCGGGCCGAACGAACGCGGAAGAAGGCCCUGGAAAAUGUCAAGGCGAAGGGCAAGAAGUCGGCAACGGGGACUGCUGCUGACGUAGGCGGUGCUAGGGGAGGGUUAUGUGAGCGGAAGCGGAAGUCGCGAGGCGAACCCCUCCAUGCCGGCGUAGCCUCGUUGGGCUCGGACGGCGUCUUAGAAGGGAGUGGGGGCGGACAAGAAGCGGCAGACUCGGACAAUGACGACGACGACGGGCGCUGCUCAGCAAAGGAGCAAACGCGCAGGGACGCCGUAGGGACGGCCGUGGCGUCGGGCAACCUCGGGAGGCAGGUGAGGUCAGCGCGUCGCUCGCGGAGGUCGUGUGAGUCGGAGGAUGCCAAGGGGGAGGAGUUGGUGAAGACCCUCGCGGGUUACAUGGUAAGGAAGAUGGCAAGGGAGGAGGAGAAGGCAGAAGGUGCGAGUGGAUCGGGAGCGACGGCGGCACUGCCGCCGCCGCCGCCGCCGCCGCCGUCGCCGCCGCCGCAGCAGCAGCAGCCACCUAAACCCCAGCAGGAGCAGGAGCGGCUGGACGAAAUGUUGAGCGUGUUCGAGAGGUUUGCCGGAGGGGCGGCGGCGGCUGCACGAACCUUUGCCCCUUCGUUCCCCGCCGCUCCUGCGUUCCCCGCCGCUCCUGCUCCUACGUUUCCCGCCCCCAUGGGGACGGGGAAGUAUUCCAACGGUAGGGGACCUACGCCUCCGGCACCGACCCCAGCUGCCGCCGCGGCGGUAGUUUCGGGCACUUCUUCUCGUCCCCUCGCGGUCGGGGUUGACGGCCCAGGCGAAGGACUUGGACCUGCGGCCCGGACGAAUACGCCCAGAGAGGUUGGAGGGGUGACGAGACAGGCACCAGCUGGACGGCGAAUCGGCAGUGACGACGUCCGCCUUCCGGGUUUAUCGGGUCGCGGAGCGUCGUCAUCCUCCGCUGCGCCCCUGGGAGCUCGUCCGUCUGGCGGGUUAGCUUCGAGGCCCCCAUGGAAGCCUUGA